AUGACGAAACCAUCAGCUACUCAGCAACUCAUCCGAGAAACAUUAGAGCUCUCCAUCAAUGGCUUAACUAUAAGACUCUCGACAGUCCGGCGUGAUGGACCCUUGACGCCCAUCCUCUUCCUCCAUGGCUUUGGCAGCACCAAAGAAGACUAUGUCGACAUUUCGCUCGAGAAACAGUUUGCUGGUCGUCCAUUCAUAGCCUACGACACUCCCGGAACUGGAGAAUCAACCAUGUCGGAUCUAUCGCAGUUGUCUAUGCCCCUCCUCGUCACCAUCGCCGAGUCGGUCCUUGCCCACUUCAGUGUCGGUCAAUUCCACCUCGUCGGCCACUCCAUGGGCGGUCUAGUCUCGACUCUUCUUGCGAAGAAGCAUCAACAGUCUGUUAGCAGCUUCGUCAACAUCAAGGGCAACCUGGCGCCAGAAGACUGCUUCCUCAGCCGGCAGAUUCUGGACUACCCAGCUGAUGAGCCGGAGACGUUUGUCGACGAGUUCAUCAUCCGCACGCGCGAGUCAUCACUGUAUGGAAACGGGCUGUAUGCAUCUGCGUUCCGUGGGAGGGUGCAGACCGCAGCAGUGCGGCCUACGUUCGAGUCCAUGGUGGAAUGUACGGACAACGGUAACCUGUUGGAAGCGUUCGAGGGCUUUCCCUUUCCUAGGACGUACAUGUUUGGAGAGCAAUACGCCUCUCUGUCAUAUCUUCCAAGGCUGGUUAGGGCCGGGGUUGAGUUGGCCGAGAUCCCCCGGAGUGGGCACUUCGUCAUGUACUCUAACCCAGUGGCCAUGUGGGAACGGAUCGCGCAGUUUUUGAGCCGGGUUGAGCAUUUUGACGGCAAGAAGAGUUCCAAUUAG